CAAUGGAUGGGUUUUUUCCAGCGUCCAUUCAGAAAAACACACAGGUACCCCGCCAAAAAAAAGAGAAAAAAAGAAACAACAAAUAAAUACUCAGGUUAACACCUGAAUCUUGUGUCAUUAUUUUCAUGUUAGAGAGCAGGAGGGAAUGGGAGUAGAAUGUGGAUCCUUUACUUCAGUAAAAACCGCAGUACCACGGUGUAAAAACACACAUUUCAAGUAAAAGUAAAAGCAUUCCAAACAGUAAUAGUACAAGAAAGGAAUAAUUAUCAGGAAAAUAUGAUUAAAGUAUCAACAGUUAACAGUUAAAAUACUGUCAGUGUAAUAUUAUAUUAUUUGAUAAUUAUUACUGAUGCAUUAACAUGUGAGCAGCAUUUUAAAGUUGCAACUGGUCGAGAGAGAAACAUUUAACAUGCAUUUGGGUAGUUUAAGUUUUUUACCAAUGCAUCAUACCAGAUCUAAAAUAUUUUUUUAAUUUACAGUUGUUCCAUUUUAGAAUAAAAAUAUAUACAAACAUUAAGAAGUUAUUAGAAAAACAGAAUUAUUUUUAAAAUAUGUGCAUUGUACUAUAUAUAUGGCAAAAAUUAAUAUGAAAAAUAUUGGUAUAUAUAUGAUAUAAAAUGGGAUCUAUUGUUUAAGUUCAAAAUACAGGAAUUGUCUAAAUAAGAAUAUCACUUGAAAUGUGCCGUAUAAAUACACAUUAUUAAUGCCAGCAUAAAUCAGAGUAUUGCACAGUUAAGUCAGCAUUGCACAGUUUAGAUAUAAAUAAAUAUAAUGAUGGCGUUCUAGCUGCUGACAGAGCUGAAAUAAACUCAAGAAUGACUUCCUGAGGUGCUCUGUGCUGCAUCUCGGUGAAAUGACGCUUGCCGAGACGACUCGCAAGAUAAAUUUACAGUACGCAUGCCCCGGAGCUGCGGAACUGGAUGACUGCUCGGCCCAUUUUCUGUAUCCAGUGUAGCAUUAAAGCAUGGGGGAAUUAGCAAACCAGCUAACUAGCCAGCUGUCCGCUAGUUAACCUGAUAAUCCCACCAUGUUUUGAUGCUACACUGGUUACAGAAAAUGAGCCAAACAAAGUUAUCGAUCAUGUGGCGAUAGCAUUGUGCUCUCCUACGCUUUAAAAAUAGUGUGUAGAUGAAGCAUUAAAUAGUCAUUUUACUAAUUUAACGGCUGUCGAGUCCGCUAAUGCCGAGGUUGCUAAUUCCGCCAUGCUUUCAUGCUACACAAACUGACGUCCGACCCUUAUUGUGUGCUUUCCUACACUAUGAAGAGUGUGGAUGAAACAGUAAAUUGUUAAAGUAUUACUCAUUUAUUCUACGCUUCUAAAAUAACAACUACACUCCUCAUUUCAGUCUUUAUGUCAAAUCCUGCGGAAGUUAGCCCACUACAACUGUCGCAAUGGCAACAAAUAUGGCCGCCGCUGUGACCAUCCUGCUACAUUGAUUUGAAUAGGAAUGUCCAUUCUACUUCUUUCUGUCAACUGAAUAUAUUAAUGAUCUUCUAAUACUGGAAAUUGGAUGUACCCAAGAAAAGAAAAGGCUUCAAGGAAGGACCCUCGGGUGUGUAACUGGAUCAGGUGAAGUUCUUGAAGUGGAUUGACAGGAAAAGAAAACAUGGGAGGGACCUCGUGUGUAAUUGGAGCAGGUAUUCUGCAGACCUGCCAUGACCUGUCCAGCCGAUUUACUAGUUAGACUUGGAAGGCGUCUGGUGGAGUUUUAUCGUCAUUAAAAUAGCGCACUGGAGAGGAAAUAACGUGAAGCACCUGUGCUGGUGGCAGUGAUUUAACUAUCAAUGGCUCUUUAAACAACUAUUGUGAAGCUUCAACAGUAGUCAUGCACAGCAGCCCCGCAGCUGAAAUGGUGGCCACCGGCUACCCGGGUGGAUGUGUGGCGGCGGACAAAGAUGCCAAUCUGGAGACGACCCUGGGUAGCAGCGCCUACUCUCCCGUGGACUACAUGAGCAUCACCAGCUUCCCAAGGCUGCCGGAGGACGACGCCAACACCACGUCUGGGGAAAACACUCUGAAGUUACGCAAAGAGGACGACAACGUCCUGAGUGAGCAAGAUACAGACCCCGAUGGGUUUCUGAAGUCGGCUCGCCUCCAGCGCCUCCCCUCCUCGGCCUCGGACCUGGCCAGCCACGAGAUCGCGUCCCUGCGGGAGACCUCCAGAGACCCUUUCACAGAAGACUGCGCCUGUCAGCGAGACGGACUGACGGUCAUCAUCACAGCCUGUCUCACCUUCGCCACAGGAGUCACAGUAGCUCUCAUCAUGCAGAUCUACUUUGGAGACCCCCAGAUCUUUAACCAAGGAGCCGUGGUGACAGAUGUGGCCCAGUGUACGUCCCUCGGCUUUGACGUUCUGGAGAAACAGGGGUCCAGCGUGGACGCUGCCAUCUCUGCUGCACUGUGUUUGGGGAUCGUCCACCCUCACACUUCUGGUAUCGGAGGCGGUGGCGUUAUGUUGGUGCACAACAUCCGUAAGAACGAGACGAGGGUAAUCGACUUUAGAGAGACGGCGCCGUCUGCCAUCCACGAGGACAUGCUGCAGACAAACCUCCACCUGAAUCCUGGCCUGCUGGUGGGAGUACCGGGCAUGCUCAGUGGGCUGCAUCAGGCACACCAGCUCUAUGGCAGAAUGGCGUGGAAGGAUGUGGUUACCAUGGCAGCAGAAGUGGCCAGAAAUGGAUUUAAUGUCACUCAUGACCUCGCUGAAGCUCUGGCUAAGGUGAAGAACCAGAACAUGUCGGAUGCUUUCCUGGAUUUGUUCCUUCCCAGCGGCGAGGCUCCCCUCUCCGGGCUGCUCACCAGACGGCUUGAUCUAGCAGCCAUCUUGGACUCAGUAGCAUUAAAGGGGAUGUCUGAGUUCUACAGUGGAAACCUGACGCAGGAAAUGGCCGCAGCAGUGCAAGCGAGAGGCGGAGUGCUCUCAGAGGACGACUUUGGAAACUACAGCACAGUGUUACAGCAGCCAGCAGAGAUCAUCUAUCAAGGACACCAUGUGAUGGCGGCCCCGGCUCCACAUGCAGGUAUUGCCUUGAUCGCCGCUCUCAACAUCCUGGAAGGCUACAACAUAACCAGCCAGGUGCCCAGAAACAGCACCUACCACUGGAUAGCAGAGGCGCUGAAGAUAUCUCUUGCCCUUGCUAGUGGACUGGGAGACCCCAUGUAUGACACUUCUAUCUCAGAGGUUGUCACCAAGAUGCUGAGUAAAUCACAGGCCUCCCUACUCCGCCAGAUGAUCAACGACUCUCAGGCCUUCCCCGUCGGCCAUUACGCUCCAUCUUUCACCUUGGAGACGGGUGCGGCUGCCGCCCAAGUCAUGGUCAUGGGCCCGGAUGACCACAUCGUGUCCGUCAUGAGGUACGUCCUGCUUUAGUUGAACUGCACAUUUAGGAAACAAAUCCCACUGACGGUUAAGGCCCCAAAUCUCUCUUGAGAUGCGCCGCCACAGGUCAAAUCUGAUAACGGCGAAAAAUGGAUACGAGCAGAAAUGAAUGAGGGGGGAAAGCGUCGUGUUCGGCUAUUUUGCCCUCGCCAUCUUUGAUUACGGUCGUCGCCAUGUUGUAUUUUUCC